CUAGUCGUAGCUCCGUCGAUAUUAUCUUCUAUCGUUGCAAGCGGUGGCCACCCAUUGCCGUAGCAGAGUUCACACGCAUACACCGUGAAUUGUCGAACCUAGCGCUCGUCCCCCCUGCUCAGCAGUGUUCUCUUCCUUCUCGUCCAAACCUGGCGCUCGUCCUUGCUGGAUUGCUGUUGUUGAUCUAAUCUUGUUCACCGGUCAGCUCCAGAAAGUCUACUCGGAAUAGCGACCACGCAUUCCCGUAGCUGAAUACGCACGCGUACAGAGUGAACUGCCAAGCCUAGCGCUCGUGCUUGCUGGAUUGCUGUUGUGGAUCUAAUCCCGUUCGCCUGGUCAGCUCCAGGAAGUCUACUUGGAAUAGUAACUGAUUCGCCAAUGGCCAUUGGAGAGAUCGUUUUGGGUUCCUUUUUGGCUUCAUUCUUUCAGGCCCUAUUCGACAAGUUGACUUCGUCCACAUUAAGUUGUGCACAACGAGAUGGAAUCAACACCGUCUCACUUGAGGAGUGGAAGGAUAUGCUGGUAACAAUCAAUGCAGUGUUGGCUGAUGCAGAGAACAAGCAACUUAGUGGUAACCAUCAAGUGAAGCUAUGGCUAGAUAGGGUAAAGGACUUGGCCUAUGACAUGGAAGACUUGCUCGAUGGGUUUGCGAUAAAAGCUGCUCAUAUUGAGUUACAGGUAGAAUCUAGCACAAGUAGAAGUUUGCAAAAAUUGAAGUCCCUUUUCUUAGGCCAACAACACUCGCUCGUGUCUAAAACCAAGAUACAAGAGAUCAAUUGCAGGUUGGUAACGAUUGUCACUGGAAAGGCUAAUCUAAGCUUGAGAGAGAAUGUUAUGGACAUAUCCAACUUCACCAGUAAAAGGGAUCCAACCACUUCUCUACCUGAGUCACAAUUUUUUGGUAGGGAGGAGGAAGAAGCACAAAUACUUGAACUAUUGAUAAAUGAUGUGCAAAAUUCUGAUGCCAUGCUGAGAAUAAUCCCCAUAGUUGGGAUGGGCGGUAUUGGAAAGACGGCCUUGGCUCAGCGGCUAUAUAAUGAUGCGGGAGUGAAUAGAUGUUUCGAUAGGAAAGCAUGGGUUUGUGUUUCGGAUGUUUUUGAUGUUUUUGACAUAACCAAGAAUAUUUUCCACUCAAUCACCGGGUUGUCAUGGCAGGACAAAGAUCUUAAUGGGCUUCAAGUUAAGUUGAGGGACAAUCUAUCUGGGAAGAAGUUUCUUGUGGUUUUAGACGAUAUCUGGAAUGACAAGUACGAAAGGUGGACUGCCAUCUUGAAGCCAUUUGAAGCGGGGCUAGGGAAGCAAGAUCAUUAUCACGACUCGCAACCGUGCUAUUGCUUCCAUAACAAAAACGUUGCCGUAUUGUUUGCCGGGAUUGUCCCUUGA